GGAGCCACGGGACCAGGUGGCAGCGGCAGAGUGUGUGAGUCUCUUAGGAGAAAGCAGGAGACCGAGAAGAGAGAGAGAAAGUCACAGCAAAACUACAGCAACGCCAUGAUAACCAGACUCCUGUGGAAGGCUAAGCCUAUGUGCUUACUGGUCGUUCUCCUCAUCACCGCCACCUCACGGCUCUGCUGGGCGGACGGUGAGGCUGGGACACCGGCGACAGAGAAGGGCGUGACCUUCAGCCACGUGUACAAGAUCGACAUGCAGCCGGGCAGCUGUGAACAGAGCCAGCCCCAGGACGCAGCUGUGCAGACUGGUUCGGAGAGCAGCCCCACCACCGCCGACGGGACGGGGGAGAACGAGGUGGUUUUCAGACACAACAUCCGCCUGCGGACGCCGGCCUGCGACUGCGGCGAGUCGGAGACCUUCAAGGCCCUGAUGUACCGGGUCAACGGGCUGGAGGAAGAGGUCAACUAUCUGAAGACCCAGUGUGCCGACGGGUGCUGCAACAGCAAGGGUGCAGGCGUGGACACCAGCUGCGGCGGCCACGGCACCUACCAGCCCGACGCCUGCACCUGCGUGUGCGACCCGGGCUGGCAGGGCCCCGACUGCUCCGCCUCCGCCUGCGACCCCGACGACUGCAAUGACAACGGGCGGUGCGUGGACGGCCGGUGCGUCUGCCACCAGGGCUACGCGGGGCCCGGCUGCGGCCAGCUGGCCUGCCCCGACAACUGCAACGACAAGGGCCGCUGCGUGGACGGGAAGUGUGUGUGCUUCCCGCACUACGGCGGCGAGCACUGCGGCGUGCAGCGGUGCCCCAACGACUGCGUGGGGAACGGGCGCUGUGAGGACGGGCGCUGUGUCUGCAGCCCAGGCUUCCACGGGGACGACUGUUCGCUGGUGAUGGGUCCUAAGGGUCUUCAGUUGGUUAAGGCCACAGACGUGUCUCUGCUGGUCCAGUGGCAGCCCGUUCAGGGUGCAGAGUAUUACAUGCUGACCCACCACCCCAAGAACCAGGAGAAGGCACUGCAGGAGGUGAGGGUGGCCAACACAGAAAGCUCCUAUCUGAUCUCAGGUCUGGUUCCUGGGGUCACCUACACUGUGGAGGUGUACGCCGCCAUCAACCGCCUCGAGAGUGAAGCGGACAGCAUCGAGGCGACCACAGACGUGUCUGCGAUCGAUGACAUCCGGGUGACCGGCCAAUCAGAGGACUCCAUCUCGGUGGAGUGGCAGAACCCCGCAGCGGUGGUGGUGGACCACUUCAGGCUGACCACCACCGACCCCCGCGGGGACCAGGGCCAGCACAGCGUGCAGCGGAGCCAGGAGGCCCGCACCAAGCACACCCUCAAUGGUCUGCAGCCGGGGACACAGUACCGGAUCUCAGUGCAGGCCAUCGUGGGAGCCACUGAGGGGAAGGCCUCCUCAACCACCGGGGUCACAGACCUCGACGCUCCGGUCAACCUCGUCACCACGGGGGUCACGGAGGACACCGCGCUGGUGACCUGGGACCGCGUCCAAUCAGAGGUCAGCGGCUACGUGCUGACCCACACCUCCUCGGAGGGCCCCGGCCGGGAGGUCCCCCUGGGGCCCGAGAGCGACACCCACAGGCUGAGGGGGCUGCGGCCGGGGGUCCGCUACACGGUCUACGUCUGGGCGGUGAACGGGGACCGGGUCAGUGGGAGGAGCUCCACCGACGCUGAGACAGACCUGGACGCUCCCACUAACCUCCUGGCCCGAGAUGAAUCAGAGUCCGCCUUCAGCGUGGUCUGGGACCGUGCCCAGGCCCCGGUCGACGGCUACGUGUUGACCUACUCCUCCUCCUCCUCCUCCGAGGCCCCUGGAGGGGAGAUCCCAGUGGGGCCCGACACCACCACCUACAGGCUGACAGGACUGGGGCCCGGGGCCGGCUACACUGUCUCGGUCUGGGCCGUCAAGGGGGACAGAGUCAGCAGGAAGACCUCAACACAAGCUGAAACAGUCAUCGACACCCCGAAGGAGUUGAAGGCUGCAGAUGUUGCCAUGGACACCGCUCGUUUGACAUGGAUACCCCCGCUCGCUGUCAUCGAGGGAUACAUCCUGACCUACCGGGCGGUGGAUGGCACCACCGAGACGGUGAAGAAGAGGCUGGGCGCGGGCGACGGAGCCAGCUUCUCCCUGUCGGGUCUGGCGAGCGGGAAGAGAUAUGUCGUCACCCUUAUCGCCUACCGAGGGGCCAAGAGGAGCAAGGUGGUGGAGACCAGCUUCAAAACAGUGGGCCAUCACUACGCCCUCCCCCUGGACUGUGUGCAGGUCAUGAGGAACGGCAACAGCCAGAGCGGUGUCUACACCGUCUACCUGCGAGCCAACCGCUCCCGGGCUACCGAGGUCUUCUGCGACAUGGAUACCGACGGCGGAGGCUGGCUCAUGCUCCAGAGACGCACCGUCGGCAAGCUCGACUUCAUGAAGCGGUGGAGGCAGUACAUCGCCGGUUUUGGCAACCUGACAGAUGAGUUCUGGCUCGGUAUGGAUAGCAUCUACGAGCUCACCAACGGCCCCACCCAGUAUGAGGUGCGCUUUGACCUGGGCUUCGGCUCGGAGAGGGCGUACGCCGUGUACGACAGCUUCAAGAUCGCCCCGGCCAAGCAGAAGUUCAAGCUCUCCAUUGGCACGUACAGUGGAACCGCCGGCGACGCCAUGACCUACCACCAGGGACGUCCUUGGUCCACGGUGGACUCUGACAACGACAUCGCUUUGGGAAACUGCGCCCUGACCCACCGCGGGGCCUGGUGGUACAAGAACUGUCACCUGGCCAACCUCAACGGGAGAUGGGGCGACAACCGACACAGCAUGGGAGUCAACUGGGAGCCGUGGAAGGGCCACCUCAUGUCCCUCGACUUCACAGAGAUGAAGAUUAGGCCCCUGGGCGGCUCGUCGGACAGGGCGAGGCGCUCGUUGACGGCCACCGAGACGAAACGCCAACUCCACCAGCAGCUCGUCUGAGAACCACCGAGCACUGGCGCACACACACACGCACACGCACACACACACACACAGACGCACACAGACGCACACACACACACACACACACACACACACACACACACACACACACACACACACACACAGACGCACACACACAUGCGUGCACCUGCAACCGACUGCAAUGCUACCGCCUACUUCACAUCCCGAGUGAUUUUGGGGCCGUUGUUUUUUCAUAUUUGCAUGGUAGACCCCCCC